AUGAACUAUAUGAAUAAUAUUGAUUGUUUUAUGUCCCCGGGGCACAUCCCAACUCGUAAAGGACGGAAUUCUUUAAGGUGGACAGUUCAGAGGUCGCUGGCAAGGCGCAUACAUGGGUUUGACUCGCUUGAUACUUUGGUAGUUCAGUUGAGAGGGCUUUUGGACUCUGGCCAGUUUAGGGCACAACCCUUGAUCUGCGUGAAGAGGGGCUGGAUCAUUGGGGCGGCGGAGGUUUUCUUUCUUCUAGAAAUUGGGGGAGAGCAAAAUUGGAGCCUGCUGCUAAUUGUGAUGGAGUUCACCGGAGAAUGGAAAUCCCUCUGGCCCAUAUCCUCCGCCUUCUCUCCCCCACUCCUCCUCUCAAACCAAACCCCCAAUAAACCUCUUGGCCCAAUAAUUUUUACUCCAAGUCUCAACACACCCAUCAAUGUACUGCUAGAAUCCCCGUCUCUCGCCCCGAGACUCCCCCUUUCGUACCCACAACUUCCGCUCUCAAGAUUCCUCCAAAAGUAUUGUUCUACACCUUCCACCGCGGCAUCUAUUUCCUCUCUUUUUGGUCCCCAGCUCCCUGACUACUCAACCCAUUUUAGUAAUUUCAAUGCCCUCCAACUACUCAGAAUCCCGAACAAGAAUUUAAUUAUUGUGUUUUUCCCCACUGGUGAGAAUUAUAAUCAAGUGGGGUUUACGUUACUGUCAUUAGAAGAUUCCAAAUUGAGUGUUACUUCGACAAGGGAAAAUUUUUUCACAGUGGCGAAAGGUAGCUGCAUAAAUCAUCACCGGAUUACAAGGUUGUUGGUAAACCCAGUUAGUGACGAAGAUAUGUCUCUAGUUUUGAGUAAUGAUUAUAACAGUAAUAGUGUUACAAUGGUUGGGUUUUUGAUGGUUUGCACUGAGUAUUCUGUUUAUUGGUAUAAAGUUUGUAUUAUUAGUGUAGUUAAAGGGACCAAAUAUUGUUCUGUUAAUUUGGAUUACGCAGGGUGUACCGAUUCUAAGACAUUCAAGGGUAAAGCAGUUGUGAGCACGUGUUGGAGUCCGCAUUUGAGGGAAGAGUGUUUAGUGUUGUUGGAUAAUGGUGACUUGUUGAUGUUUGAUAUUAAUGAAUCUUGCAUAAAAAAGGGCAAUCUGGGGCUUUUAGGAAGUGCAAGGAAUAGAACUUUAGAUAAGAAGCUGCGAGUCUCACUCAGCAAUAAGGUGAGAGUAGAGAAGGAUGAAAGUGGUAGUGGAGAGUGGUUUGGAUGUGAAUUUAGUUGGCAUCCAAGGAUAUUUAUUGUUGCUCAUUCUGAUGCGAUAUUCUUGGUUGAUCUGAGCUGUCCAGGGAUUUGCAAUGUUAAUUGUGUGCUGAAGGUUGAGAUGUUGUCUAACGUGAACAAUGAUGGGUUUGUGUCACUCUCAAGGGUUGGUUAUGAUGCGUUCUGCUUCACCGUAUCUACAAAACACUUGUUGCUUCUUUGUGAUGUACGGAAACCAAUGAUGCCGUUGUUACGUUGGCUACACGGUCUUGGUAAUCCACGGUACAUGACUGUUCUUAGAUUGUCAGAGUUAAGGUCGAACGCGAAAGUUGAUGAUUACAAGUGUGUGUCUGAAUCAGGUUAUUGCAUAUUGCUGGGAUCUUUCUGGGACUGUGAGUUUAGUCUUUUCUGUUUUGGGUCCAAAAUUAAUAGAAGCAACUCUGUCUCUUCUAAAAAUUUGAAGUUCUGCAACUUGUAUUAUGCAUGGGGACUCCCUACAGAGAUUUCAUUGUCAGGCUAUAAUUGUAAUUGUGGCAGCUGUUUUCUAAGAGAGGAGUUCUCAAAAAGUGCUCUCCCAGAUUGGAUUGACUGGAGGCAGAAAAUACAGGUAGUUAUGGGGUUUGGCAUUCUCGAUGCUGAUCUUUUUGCCGAGUUAUCCAGACCUAAUAGUUUUGGUGGGUUUGUGUUAAUUAGGUUAAUGUCAUCAGGGAAGCUAGAAGCACAGCAGUACCAUGCAGAAUGGGAAUCUGAAAAAUAUUCUGAAAUAGUUCAUAAGACAUGCAUUCAUCAUGCAGAUAAUCUUUUAUAUGAUACGGGUGACGCAGAAUAUAAAUUAGAAAAGAAAUUUCAGCACCUGAAGUUUGACUGCCUCAAUGCCUAUUUGGAAGACAAUCUAGCCAAAUACAUUGUUGAACGAAGAGAAAAUGUGAAAGAGAGUAGUGAAGAUGUCCCACAAAGAUGUAAUGUUGCAUCAAAAUCCAACUUCCAUCAAGAAAUCUGUCAUAAGCUGAAGGCCUUUAGGCUUCCUAGAUUAAGGUCAUCCCUGGCAUUUUCUGAUGUUAUAGAAGAUAUUAGCUUACCAACCAGCGUAAAUGAGAUUGCUUUGAGAAGUACUUGGGCUAGCUUACCUACAAAUCUCUUGCAAUUGGCUUUCUGCACCUACUCAGAAUUCCUUAUGGAUCUUGAGAAGCAUAAGGAACCUUUAGAGUUCCUUGAUAUUCCCGAUAAACUUCAACUCCUGCCCUUUCCUUUCCGAAAGCCAUCACGCCGUAGCAAUAAAUGGUCUGAUAAAGUUCAGCCUUCUGAUGCUCUUGUAGGUCCAGUUCUUCCCCAUCAUCUUUUGACUAUACUUCAUAAACUCUGCAUGGAAGAACUUAAAAAGGAAAGACAGACUUACCUGGAAGAAACAGAAGCAUUCUCUAUCAAUGCUGAACGCAGACUUCAAUAUAAGAAAGUAAUGGAGGUUAUUCAGGAGCUUGCGGUUUCGGAUUCUGACACCAAGAUUCAGGAUGAUGAUUUUGUUUCUCUUGCUGAUGAUAAAGAUGAGAUUAGCUACAACUACAAGACUCAAAAAUCAAAGUUCUCUUAUCAUAAACCACUGGCAUUCUCAGAGAAUUCCUCUGAUGUGGAUGUGAUGAUGAGGAAAUCUGGAUUUGAGAUUGACAGAUUUUCGACCUUUGUCUUUCGGAAAACCCAAGAGCAUAAAUCUAAUGUCGGUGCAGAGAUGGUAGGGCUAGAGCUAUUUGAUGUGGGGUGCCCAAUAGCACUAAAGUUUGAUGAUUAUACCAUUGACUUUGGGCCAAACGAGCUGGAAGCAUACCAAAAUUUGAAGAAACUAGAUUUGGAAUUUCAGAAAGGUUUUAAUCUCUAUCAAGAUUAUAUCACCAGAGGGAAAUCACUGAAAUGA